GCUACGGCGGAGAGAGCGGUGAAAGAGAAAGAGAAAGAGAGCAGCGCGUGCGGGCGUGUCAUUGCAUGGCGCGUUGUAGGAACUGCGAGGGGAGGAAUAAUAAUGGCGGUGAUGAUUUCCUUGCGCUUGCUCUGCCGGCCCUCAAAAGAAGGGGAGAAAAUUAUUAUUCGGCAACAGUCGCUUGAAUGCUGCAACUCAACUGCUCGAUUGAUUAUUCACGGGACAAAAUUAGGUGGAAACGAGUAACAAUUGCCGAGAUCGAUCCAGUUCGCUGAGCGAUGGCGAUCGAUGAUAAAUUUCAGAAGUCGUGGGAGAAGAUGGCGAGAAAAAGAGGAAUGGGGGGGAGAAAGAAACCAUACCAUCCAAAUAUCCAAUCCUGCGAAUAAAUAAACCAACUCAAAAGAAGACAAGAACUCAAGACGAAACGAACAAAACCAGAUUGAAUUGAAAGGAAGCAAUUCAUCAGGAGGAAAAGGGAGAGAGAGAGAGACAUGGGCGCUACUUUAUCAAGCAGAGGGGCUGAAGUCUGAGGAGAAAAAGGCAGUUGUUUUUGUUUUGUCCUGGGAGAAGCCAACUCUAAUCUCCGCCUCAAAAGCCUAUCUUUUCUCUCCCUUGAUACCUUCACAGAGCAGAAGAUUCUGUUCGCCUCCUCCUCCAUCCUCCAUCCUCCAUCCUCCAUCCUCCAUCGUUGCUCCACCUCCUCUGGGGAGGAAAGAUUAAAAUUGGACCUUGCCUUUUCCUUCCUUUCUUUAAUCUCUCUCCGUUCCUCUGUUCUUGCGAGGUGGUGUUUGUUGGUUUUUUUUUUAAUUGCUUUUGUAUCAGCUGCUGUGGUACAGUGGUGGCUUGUUUUGGUGAGAGGAAUUCUUUUUUCUGAUGAAAGUUCUUCACCAGGUGGAUUUCUUUUUUAUCAAUAAAGAUCAAUCCGGCCACGAGAAGAGGAAAAGUGGUGCUUUUGGGUUGAUAAAAGUGAGAUUUUUGCGGGGAGAAGAAGAGUUUGUGAUGCUUGAUCGGUUAGAAAAGAGGAGCAAAGCAAGAUGAGGACGGGAUUGAGUACGAUCCAGCAGACGCUGACGCCGGAGGCCGCGAGCGUUCUGACGCGAUCCAUCUCGGAGGCGGCUAGGCGGAGCCACGGGCAGACGACGCCCCUCCACGUCGCCGCCACUCUCCUGGCCACGCCCUCCGGGCUGCUCCGCCAGGCGUGCGUCCGCUCCCACCCGCAGUCUUCCCACCCGCUGCAGUGCCGGGCCCUCGAACUCUGUUUCUCCGUCGCCCUGGACCGCCUUCCAGGCGGGGGAGCCGGCGUCGAGCCGCCCAUCUCCAACGCGCUCAUGGCGGCGCUCAAGCGCGCGCAGGCAAACCAGCGCCGCGGGUGUCCCGAACAACAGCAGCAGCCGCUCCUCGCUGUCAAGGUCGAGCUGGAGCAGCUCCUCAUAUCGAUACUCGACGACCCCUCUGUCAGUCGCGUCAUGCGAGAGGCCAGCUUCUCCUCUGUCGCCGUCAAGAUCGCUAUCGAGCAAUCUCUCCCAUCAUCCGCCUCUACCACGACCACUGCUUCCGCCCGAUCCAUCGCUUCCUUUGCCACUGGCACUUCUCCCGCCGCCUCUCGUAUCAUAACCGGACUAAGUCUAACCAACCGAGCUCCCCCCUGCCACAGCCUCUACAUAAACCCUCGCCUGUACCAGCACCACAGCAACGGCGAACAGGUCCGCACGGAGGAAGUAACGCGGGUACUGGAUGUCCUCUCCCGACUCAAGAAUCGAAAUCCAAUCCUAGUUGGAGACUCCAACGCCGACGUCGUGAUGAGAGAAGUGUUGCAGAGGAUUCGCUCCGGAGACGCGCCGCCGCACCUGCUCAACGCCCAAGUCCUUCUCUUUCCAAAGGAAAUCGCCACGGCCUCCCCACGCAAUCUUUCUCAAAUCAUUAGAGAGCUCAGCAGCUCGAUCGAUUCCAUGAUCGGCGGCCAAAGUGGAGUGAUCAUCCAUCUGGGAGACCUCAAAUGGCUAGGGGAGAGCCAUGGCUUCUCCGAUGCCAGCCGGUCAUUGACCGAGGAGAUUGGAAAGCUCUUGAAAACGUUCCAGAAAGGCGAUCAAGUGUGGUUGAUCGGGACUGCGUCGUGUGAAACCUACCUCCGGUGCCAAAUACACCACCCAACCAUGGAGAACGAUUGGGAUCUCCAGGCGGUGCCGAUAGCGCCAAGUUCUUCCAUCACCAAUACGUUCCCAAGGAUUGGAGGCACUGGUAUCCUUAGCAACAGUCUGAAGAGAUUAGCACCUAUGAACUGCACUGGCAGUACUGUCGCCUCGAAAGAACCAUCCGAGAUCGCAAACCCUUCGCAAAGCACAGCCCUCUGUCCUCUAUGUUCAGCAAGCUAUCAACAUGAAUUAGCUACUCUUGGCUGCAAGGAGUUCAACAAGCCCUCAACUAAAGCAGAGGCAAUGCCUCAGUGGCUUCAGCUUGCAAUGCUUGACAAUGGAAGCAACUCCACUAAGCCAUCAUCUUCCCUUCUCGAGCCUGAGGAAGAGCAACAACAACUGAAAGAGAGCACCGAGGAGCUAUUGAAGAGAUGGAGUGCGACUUGUUCCAGCCUACAUCCUACUGCUCAGAGUAUGAAUAAGCUCCAGUUAACACUAUCUCAGAGCACGACUGCACAGCCUACUUCCCCUCCCUCCUCUGCUCUGAGACCUAAAGUUUCUAGCAUUUCCGAUAUCGAUACAUUCAAGAGGCUAUUCAAGGGGCUUGCAGAUAAAGUAAGUUGCCAGCAUGAAGCAGCAUUGGCUGUGGCUACUGCUGUAUUGCAAUGCAAAUCCGGCAAUGGAAGACGCCGGAAAGCUGGGACUAAAGGUGAUAUUUGGCUUCUUCUUAUUGGGCACGACAAAGUCGGAAAGCGGAAGAUGGCAAGCGCUCUAUCGGAACUGAUAUUUGGGACUGGACCGACAUUCAUUACAUUUGGUCAUUCUUCUUGCACGGAAGGCGAUUACGAAGAGUCUACUUAUCACUACCGGGGAAGAACACCUAUGGACCGAAUCGUAGAAGCAGUUUGCCGGAGCCCGUUUUCAGUGAUUAUGUUAGAGGACAUCGAUCGAGCCGACAUGGUAUUUCAAGGUAAAAUUAGGCAGGGGAUAGAGAGGGGCAGGUUACUCGAUUCACAUGGCCGGGAAGUUAGCUUAGGCAGCGUCAUCUUUGUCCUGACCACAGAUUGGGUUUCAGAAGAUCUCAAGAGCUCAUAUGAUUCCCUCCUUCAGCAUGAGGAGAAGGUAUUGGAUUCAGCUUACUAUGGGGUGGGAUUGGAGCUCUCGAUCGGGGACAAGCUUGCGAAGCGUCGUCCCGAUUGGCUUCGCGAGGAUGAUCAAUGCGUUAAGCAUCGAAAGGAAUCUUUGGUCAGCGGCAACCUUUCACUAAAUUUGAAUUUACCCAUGGGAAUAGAUGCUGAGGGCGGGGAGGGAUCCCGGAAUUCCAGUGACCUCACCGCUGAGCAUGAAUGCGAUAAGGGCUGCAGGUUGUCAAUCUCAGAAUUGCUCGGUUUAGUCGACGAAACGAUAACAUUCAAACCGGUAGACUUCGGCUUGCUAAGAAGAAAUGUACUGCAGUCCACUUCAGUGAAGUUUGCUGCCAUAAUGGGCAAAGGAAGUGCGCUAAGAAUCGACGACGACGCUCUCGAUCGGAUCAUUGCCGGCUUAUGGCUUGAGGGAACAGAUUUUGAGGACUGGGCUGAGAGGGUGUUGGUCCCUAGCUUUAAGCAACUGAGAAAUAACUCAAAAAUGGAUGCCGGAGUCGUAGUCGUCCGGCUAUCCACUAUAAAAGGAGACCGACCGGCACAAAGACCUAAAAACAGCACCGGGAACUGGCUGCCGACGACGAUCACCGUUGCAUUUGAUGGUGCCAACGACAAUUAGUGAAACAGUAGAAACCUGAAUGAUGUACAUAUCAGUGGCGGUCAUCGAUAGGCAUAGCUUUGUAGAAGAUCAACACAGCCAUAUGUUUUGAUCAUGCUCAAGAACAGUUAUGAAAGGUUAUCUGACAUCAUUUUUUUUCCCUACUUCUUCUUUUGUUUGAUUGAUAUCUUUCAUGAAUUCGUCAAUCUUUUCUCACUCAUUUUGCUGAGAUGCUGCGUCCCACCAUGUGACUGCUUAAAUGUGAAGCGUUGGCAUUGUCUGCACUAGUAUGUUCUAAGCCAUUGAUGGCGUCUGCAGAGGCUGCAGCUUAAAGUUUGGAUCAAAACUUCAAGUGCUGCCACUUCUGUCACCUUGACUGAGCUCAUCAUGGAGCAGAGACGUACCAAGAAAAGAUGAAACCCUGGUGGUCCAGCGUCAUCGAAGACUUGGCAACAGCAACCAAAGAAUGUCCUUGAAGCCAAGCCAACUCAGCUCUUAAAACCUCAUUUAAUGUAGUACGUGGGAAGACUAAAAAAGGAUCAGACCGUUCAAGAUAAGAAGAAGACAUGGGGGGUAUAUCGAGCAACAGGACAAGGCCAUGCAUGUGCUUCCAUUAAUUUUCUUUUCUCCUCUUUAUGUAGAUACUGAGCUAAAUAUAUGAAUUAUUCGAAAUACGAUUCGAUAA